AUGUGCCUGAUGGAGGUCCGUCCAAAGGCAAAAAACUGCACAUGCACCCGCGAGCUGGUGACCCUCAAAUGCAAAUCGUGUGGCUGCAACAGAGCGGGCAGUACAAAGCGUGAGUGUCUUGGAGACAAGUUCAAGGUGACAAGGACAAUAUCGGAACUCGAUCAAGGCGGCUUGUGUAAUAAAUUCUGUAUAUCUAUUGUGAGGCGGAAGAAUCUCAUUCAACCUUACCAUCCAUUCGGCUUGUUUACUCAAGCACAACUGCACUUUGGACCUUGCAUUGGCUUCAUGGGCACCUGCAUCGUGACUCGAGACCGGGUGGUGUGCACCAGCCUCUAA